GCUUAGAGAAAAUGAAAGCUCUUGAGGAGUUCGCCUAUCGAGAACUUUUAUCAGGGUACAGAUUUGUCAAAAUUCACAAGUUUUACAGAGCUGUUUUUUUUGGCAAAAGUGUGAAGAAAGGCAGGCAGGUUGGAACUUCACCAUGUUUUCUGGCGACUUGAUGCCUGACUUACUGGUAGCCUACAAGGUAACUUUCUUUCUUUGCUCAAACCCUUCCAGGACGUCCUGGCUCCUUAUCCACAACUCACUAAGUAGAGUUUUGUUGCGAUAUUGCUUUAAGAAACACUUCUUUCCCUUUGUGUAUCAGGAAACGUUUUUUUCUCUCACAGAAAACUUCAGAAAUUUUAUUAGCUCCAAAACUACACUUUUAUAACCCAAAGCCCCAUGCAAAAUGAUGUUAUUCUAUACAGAGCUCUACAGAAAGGAUGAAAUAUAAAGACAUGUUAUAAGCCUUGUACUUUGGUAAUAAUGGUAAAAUAAAAAUUAUAGUAAUUCUGUGAGAUAGUUCUUGUAUCCUCCAAAAAGAAUGGGAUACAAUUCCACAGCGAGAGAAGACGCUGGCUCAGCAUAAAUAGGACCAAAAAAAAAAAAAAGAAUAGCACAGCGUCUUUGUGGUUAGACUGUAUCACAGAUGGAACAAGCUGUUUUUCUAAUGCAGUUGAAGUCACAAACUCAUUCGCAGGAUGAAGGAGACAAGGGGAGUGGCUAGAACUGGUGAUUGCACAGAGCAAAAAAUAUGGAAGGUAUACAGUAAGAUUUGUAAGACGGCAAUGACACCAAUGUCUAGAAUGUCUUGGAUGUAAGUAAAUGCAUUUUUUAGAAAUGAGCAAAUAAUAAGAAGAUGUACAGAAGAGUUAAGGUGGUCAGAGGAGAAAAUGAUUUUUGUGGCAAUUUGGACCACAGCGAGGAGUAUAAGAUGAAAGAGUAGAUAAGUCAUACAUUUGCUUUGAUAAACUGUAUGUAGAAAGGUUAAGAAUUAGUUAUUGUAAGAAAAGACACACGAGCCUUUAUAAAUGCUAAGUUUUGGUAAAUAAGAAAACUUUUUUAUUAUAUGGCUGAUAGUGCACAAAGGCUAUAAAGACAAAUUGGGAAUAUGUAGGCGCUAUAAGUGAAAAUCUUGGCGGUGCUUUGAUUGUCAACAGCUGUUAAGAUCUACUUAAGAUCCCUAAGAAACAGAGUUAACAGAACAGUUAAUAGUUUUAAAGUGAGAAGGAUGGUGAAUGAUGAUAGUGCUUUUUUAUGCCUCUUAUAGAUAAAUGAUGUAAUACAUAUGGAUAAAAGGCAAGCACACAGGGAAAAAGAUAUUGGGAGUGAAGGGAGAUGUGUGAUAGAUAUGAGAUGUUAAGUCUGAGAGUAAGUAGAAACUAGGCUGGAUCAGACAUACUACAAUCUUGGUUGAAAGCUUAAAGGAGGGAUGUCCAUAUGAAUUGUAAGGGAAGGGCAUUGGGUGGAUGGGUGUUUACAGAGAUUGUCCAGGACAUGGUUGCUGUGGAGAGCAAAGGAAAAGUAAGAAAGUAGGGUUGCAGAUUGGAGUAGCCUUGAACCCAACUGUACUGCAAAUUGCUGCUUUCUGAAAUUCUGCCUGAGCUGACUUUUUAUAGAUUUUGUAGCAGUUUUAAGAAAGAAAGCCAGACCAAAAUUCUUGAGUCUAUUAUACGCUAAACAGCUUUUAGCAUCUUGAUAUUUAUUAAGCAUUAAACAACUCUUUGAUGAAAAGAAAUGACGUAUUGCUUUAGGCAUUGUAUAUAUUUUUUCUCUAUGGUUGUGUUCUGUCAAAUUCUGUAUAAUGCUGGUUUUGUAUUGUCUGUCCCAAAUUUGUAUUCGUGCUAGUAGGUCACACAUGAUUUUCUUUAUUUUUAGGAAGCAAUUUGAAAAACAGUGCAGUGGUAAGCUGAGACAGUUCAAGCUCUCUUUCAGAACCCCGAAGAAUGUGAAAUAAAUCCAAGAUAUUUCUUUUGUGUGGUUAAAUGGUACCAUAUCCAAGAUUUGUCUUUAGUGAAUCUGAAUCAACUGCAUUAGAACAAUUUGAAGGUGGCCCCUGUGCAGUGAUUGCACCUGUACAGGCAUUCCUUUUGAAGAGGCUUUUUACCAGUGAGAAGUCGACUUGGAGAGACUGUCCAGAAGAAGAGGAAAAGAACCUUCUCUGUCAUACAUUAUGUGAUAUUUUGGAAAUGGCUUGCUCUGAUAAUUCUGAGUCGUACUCUCUGGCGACAUGGAUAAGAGGAAAAACAACUGAAGAAACUGCUAGCAUUUCUGAAAGUCCUGCAGAAUCUAGUCGUCAAGAGGAACAACCCUCCUUUGUAAGAAAUUCUACAAAGCAGCUGAUCUAUAAUACUCUGGAUCCCCUUUUAGCUGCCUUGGCUGUCGAAGAGCUUGGCUUUGAGCGAUUUCAUGCAUUAAUUCACAAACGAGCAUUCAAAAGCUUCCCUGAACUGAAGGAUGCAGUUUGGGAUCAAUAUUCAGUGUGGACAAACAGAUUUGGAGUAUUGCUCUUCCUAUAUUCUGUGAUACUAACAAAGGGAAUUGAAAACAUAAAAAAUGAAAUUGAAGAUGCAAGUGAGCCAUUGAUAGACCCUGUUUAUGGUCAUGGAAGCCAAAGCUUGAUUAACCUUCUGUUGACGGGGCAUGCUGUUUCUAAUGUGUGGGAUGGAGACCGAGAAUGUUCAGGAAUGAAACUUCUGGGUAUACAUAAACAGGCAACAGUAGGCUUUUUGACAUUGAUGGAGUCUCUGAGAUACUGUAAGGUUGGCUCCUAUUUGAAAUCUCCAAAAGCCCCCAUUUGGAUACUUGGCAGUGAAACACACCUCACAGUCUUUUUUGCAAAGGAUACGGCUCUCGUUGCUCCUGAAGCGCCUUCAGAACAAGCCAGAAGGGUUUUCCAAACGUAUGACCCGGAGGAUAAUGGUUUUAUACCUGACACUCUCCUAGAAGAUGUAAUGAAAGCUCUGGACCUUGUUUCAGAUCCUGAAUACGUAAACCUCAUGAAGACCAAAUUAGACCCAGAAGGACUGGGCAUCAUAUUACUGGGUCCCUUUCUGCAAGAAUUUUUCCCUGAGCAGGACUCUAGGGUUUCAGAGUCAUUCACUGUUUACCAUUACAAUGGACUGAAGCAAUCUAACUAUAAUGAAAAGGUCAUGUACGUAGAAGGCACAGCAGUUGUUAUGGGUUUUGAAGAACCGAUGCUACAGACUGAUGAUACUCCCAUAAAACGCUGCUUGCAAACCAAAUGGCCAUAUAUAGAAUUACUCUGGACCACAGAUCGAUCUCCUUCUUUAAACUGAUGUGUUUCAUAGAUAAACAACAUACUACUAUCGAAUGCUUGAAUGGGGAUAUAAGAAUUGGUAUUUACUUGGAAAGUGGUAUACUUUGACUGUGUGAAGUUAUACACUGGUAUCAUUGACAAAUUGUAAAUAAUGAUUACAGACACUUUUUCAGUGUUAAUUGGAAUAUUUAAUUUUUUAAUCAGAUUGAUUUCUAUUAUAAUAGUUUGUCUCUUUUGGCCACUGUAGUACUGCUGAUGUGAGUUAUCUUAAAAAAAAAAAAAAAACUACUUAUAAAGUCUUAAAAUUAUUUUGCCAUCUCGUGAAGAUUUGAAAAAUGUCUGAUAUUGCAGAAUCUGCAUAUCAGAUCAGAUAUUUAAAAUUUAAAGCAUAAAACACGUUCAGCUUCCUCUGAAUCAUAUAGGCAUGUUUUAUUAUUUAAACAAUAUUGGCUUACAUUACAGUACCAUAAUUUGUGGACUAGACUGGCCUUUGCACUGAAAAUGUUUAAAGGAGUUUGAACUUUCUGCAGUUUUUCCUAAAAUCCAGUUCUACCUAAAGAGCUUGCACAAUGUGAUAUAAAUAAGAUACAUUUCUAGGACUAUUACUAAGUAUAAUUCAUAAAUAUUCUUUCUUGGCAGUUGUAUAUUGCUGUGGCUUUGUUAUCAGGCAUGCUAAAAGUGAAUACAAAAUUUGAAGAAAAAUAGAUAUAUUAAUAUUUAUUUGAAUUUGUAUAAUAGAAAUGUAAAAAAUCAACAGCAGAAAUAAUUUCUUGUUCUAUAAUCUUUAAACUGUUCAAAUUUAUAAUAUUGCCAAAUACCUCUUCUCAAUUUGUCCAAACAGCAGUGUAAGCCAGCUUUAUUGUAUGUGUUAAGUGCAUGAGAACAUCUGUUAUUACAUUAUUAUAUUCCUUUAUUUAUUAUCAACUUGUUAGCUCUAAAAUAAAAUCUUUUCCUCAACUCAUGA